CGCGGUCCGCCGGCCAGAAGUGCGCAGACCGCCGACGCGAGUGGACCUGUCCGUGUCUGACCGCAGUCCAGUGCGCCGCCGAGUCGCGUCCGCCGCGAGCGCAGAGCAGCUGCUGCAGUCGACUCGAGUCCGAGGCCGCAGGCUCAACCGCACCACCUCCCUAGCACCACCCGCACCACCCCAGAGAGCUUCACCAUGUUGCUGCUCGUCACCGCGCUGCUGCUGGUCGUGGGCUCCACCGCGGGCGUCCCCAUCACCCGCCAGCCCACCGAGGCAACCAGGGCGGGGGCGCUGUCAGCGCCGCCAGCCGUGACGGCCGCCGAGCGCGCGUGCCUCGAAGACCUCAAGCUGCUGUACCCGGGCGACAACAAGUGCUACCAGCUGCUAUCGACGGGGCCGUGCAAGUCCAACGAGUGGCUCGUGCUGGACCCGCGCGCGCCCGACCGCCUUCGGCCCGUGUGCGCGCGCGUGCCGUGCGCCGAGCGCGAGGUGCUGUGGCCGCGCGACGGCCGCUGCUACCAGCGCUUCCGCGACCGCGAGACGCUCUGCCCGCACCCAGGCAACCUGCUCGUGUCCAACCCGUUCGGCCUCGGGGAGUGCGCCUGCAUGCGCACGCAGCCGCACGCGCGCGACCCGGCCAACCCGCGGGACGGCGCGUGCUACAAGCUGUACCACCGCGGGCCUUGCGCCGACGGCCAGCUCCUCGUGCCCAAGAUCAACGGCACGGCCGACCAGGCCCUGUGCGUGCGCGACCCCUGCUGGCAGCACCAGCCCGAGCAGCGCGCCGUGCGCCAGCUGAACGUCGAGGACGAGGACGAGGACGAGGCCGGUGACAUGCAGACCAAGAGCACCGCCGUGAUGCCGCUGGUGCUGUGGCCCGUCGAGGGCGGCGGCGACGGCCGCUGCCACCCGCUGGGCGCCACCGAGCCCUGCCCGGAGCAGUCCGCCUUCGGCGUGCACCCGCAGACCCUGCGGCCGGGCUGCAUCAGCCGGACCAACCACCUCCUGCCCCCGACGCCGUGCUCGGGCCACAUGUGCAGCCCGACCAACACGGCCUCCUACAGCGACGGCUACAUCAAGGAGCUCUUCCAGGCGCACAAGUCCCACAAGGCGCAGAAGCGCGCCGGCUGAGGCCGCGGGCCCCGUGGCGGGCCGAACCCGCCCCCAGCCGGGCCGCAGCCGGCUGUCCCUGUCUGUGAUCUUGCCAUCCGUUCCGAUACCGUGUCGCCACGGCACAACAUUCGCCCCGCUCGCCGAGGGAAGUGCCGGGGACCGUCAAGCAUCGAGUCGCAAAGAGACGAGGAAGACUGCCUACAUCAGUGAAUCUACAUGGGUGCAUCGCUUCUAGACCGCCUCUCCCAACGAGUUGAGCAAGCAAAAGCGGUUCGAUACCGCGGGAGGGGAGCUAUCAGUCGGCGAGUGAAGAACGGAAAGGCGCGGCGCCGCUUCCACUUCAAAAUCGGUUAACGAUUCGCGAUAAUGGGAGGGUGUUUCGACUAUAUGUGGAUCAUUCCCAGCGAAAAGUGGGAAGAGGUCAAAGAGAAAUUGAUGUAGAUCUCAUUGGAAGACGAAGGAAGGAGCGGCUAAAGUGUCGAGGAAUGCGUUAUGCAAUCCCUGUUGACUGCUUCAUCAGUUGUGAACUGAGGAAACUUUUUAAAGUCCAUUGUUUAUAGUAUUUAUGAUCUAUUUUAGAAGUACUUAGUUCCCUAUUUUAAAAAUUAAUCAUGCAGCCAUAUUUUUUCUAACACACUGAAAAGCACAAUGUAGUACACAAUGUAUCUUAUUGAAACUGACAGUCAGGAGUUUAUUUUGAAGAAUAAUAGCCUGAAAUGUCUAGAGCCUCAAUCUGACCACAUGUUAUUUGGAGAAUAACUUUGACCUUGCAGCCAGUGGAGCAGACCAGUUAUGUGUUAUCAGUAUUCCAAUCAAAUGCAAAUGAAACACUGUAGUAUCUUUCUGCCGACUGUACUUUUUGAUGGCAGUAGGCUAAUUUUUCUGCAGAGGCAGGAAGAAGACUGUUUAUAUAUUCACUAGUCAACAGUGACAUCAAAAUAAGGAUUAAAAAAAAAAAAAUUGGUAAAAAGAACACAAUAGUUUGUAAAAGCUAUUCGAGGGUUGAGAUGAAUUUAGUUAAAUUUCAUCCAGUGGCUAUAAGAUAUUCAAACGGUUAAUUUGACUGUCAUUACAAGACCAGUGAUAAUAUACUUGUACAGAUGCUUUUA